CGACAGCACUCACAACUGCAAUUGACCACCAACUUCACCUUGCUAUCCCGUAGAACACAUCUGCAACAUCACAUCUAGAGCCAAGUUCGACAAUACCGCCACAAUGCCGCGCACCGCAACCCUCAACCGCGACACCAACGAGACCAAAAUCCAAGUCUCCAUCAACCUCGACGGCGGCUCGCUGGACGCCUACGAGCACUCCGACUUCUGGGCAGCCCUCGACAAGAAGAACCUGAACGGCGAAGGUGAGAACAUCGAAAAGGACCAUGCAACACAAAAGUCCAACAGCCAGGAAAUCUCCGUCGACACCGGCAUCGGCUUCCUCGACCACAUGAUCCACGCGCUGGCCAAGCACGCCGGCUGGUCCCUCCGCAUCAGGUGCAAGGGCGACCUGCACAUCGACGACCACCACACCUCCGAAGACGCGUUCCUUGCACUCGGUGCUGCGUUCAAGGAUGCGCUGCAGGGCUCCACGGGUCUGGCGCGGUUCGGACACGCCUACGCGCCCCUUGAUGAGGCGCUGUCGCGCGCCGUGAUCGACCUGAGCAACAGGCCGUACAGCAUCAUUGAUUUGGGGCUGAGGAGAGAGAAGAUUGGCGAUUUGAGCUGCGAGAUGAUCCCUCACUGCCUUCAGAGCUUUGCGCAGGCGAGUGGGACGACGUUGCAUGUGGAUUGCUUGAGGGGAGAGAAUGAUCAUCACAGGGCUGAGAGUGCGUUCAAGGCGCUUGCUGUUGCUAUCAGGCAUGCGACGACGGUGGUCAAGCAGUGGGAGGGCGAGGUGAGGAGUACGAAGGGUGUGCUGUACUAAGUGUGCAAGGAACGGUAUUCUAGGAACGAUCUGUACGUGACAUGAAUGAAGACAAU